ACAUGUUACUUGUUAUACUGGACACACGAACAUCUAUCAAGCCAUUAAUUGCCGUAAUUUUGCGGAUUUGACCGUGCAAAUGAAAUAGAAAACUAAUGUAUACAUAGAUAUGAAAGUGAAAACUUUCACUUAUUGGUUUGUUAUGUAGAUGGCAGAGCUCGAGACACUAAUUCAGCUCCUCGAGAAGUCAUCAAGUAAAUAGUAGAACUUUCUAUGGUUUAUGGUCAGGUGAUGGCUCUUUUUGUGUUGAUUACGAUGUUUAUCGCUAUGGCAAGAGCUUCUCGUCUUCAAGAGAGCUCGAUGUUCAUUAAUUCUCUUAAAGAUGAUUCAAAGUAUGACAAGCGGCUGCGGCCUUAUCACAGGGAAAGUACUCUGAAUAUAACAGUUGGAAUGACAAUACUUUCCUUUGGUGAAAUUAAUGAAAUUGAAGGAGAAUUCUCUUUAGAUAUAUUCUUUCGCCAAACCUGGAUAGAUCCAAGAUUAAAGCACAACAACACAGGUCCAGUCGUUUUAACUGGGAUUCACACGAACCUUAUUUGGCUUCCUGAUACUUUUUUCAUCAAUGUCAGGACUGUGAAGAAACAUGACGUGCCCUCGAGUGCUAGUUCCAUUAAGAUACAACAAAAUGGGGAGGUGAAGUACAGUGAGAGGGUAACUUUGUCGGCGGGAUGUGAAAUCGACCUGCAUCGAUAUCCUCUUGACUCGCAGAUUUGUAAACUUCGAAUUAUGAGUUAUGCUUACAAAAAAGACGAAAUAGAAUAUCAGUGGAACGGUGACGCCAAAACAGACAUCGCCGUCAUGAAUGAUCAGAUGGCGCAGCUGAUAGUAACCGAUAUACAAAGAAUGAAAACCACCGCAGUAUUCAGAGAAGUACAUUUUUCAGAGCUUGUGGCUUCGUUUGAAUUUCGACGACGUCUGGGAUAUUCACUGCUUCAAAUCUACGCUCCCACGUUCCUCGUCGUAACACUUUCUUGGCUGUCAUUCUGGAUCUCGAAGAAUGCCGUCGCUGCAAGAAUAGCUCUGGGAGUCACUACGGUGCUGACCAUCGUUACUCUUAAUGGAUCAUAUAGGAGCACUGUACCAAAGGUCUCUUACAUCAAAGCUCUGGAUUUAUAUUUGAUUGUAUCCCUUUUCUUCGUAUUUGGAGCUGUUUUGGAAUACAUUGCAGUACUUUUGCAUCACGAUUAUGGUUUUCAAUCCAAAGUUAAAAACGAUAAAAAAGAGGACCAAGAAAUACAAGAAGUAAAUAAGGAGAAUGCGGAUCAAGACAUAGAGCUGGUGGGAACAUUUUCGUCGAGGAGGAAUUCAACCAGCAAGGCGUCAAAGCAGUCUUCAUCUUCAGGCUCCAUAAGAGUUCGAAAUAAUGCUAAAGCGGUAGAUUUCAUUAGGAAUAUCAUUUCCGUGGAUUCUACUCCUAUAGAUAAAAUUUCAAAAUUAGCUUUUCCAUUGUCUUUUAUUUUGUUCAACAUCGUAUAUUGGAUUUGUUAUAGUGUUUAGAAUAUUCAUAAAAACAAACUUGAGUAAGCAAACUUGAAUUACUUUAGAUGUGUCAUGAUAUAUCAUGAUAAAUCAGUAUAUGAUAUACAUUAUAUAUAGUAAUAUAAGCGUAUGUAUUGAUGACGUAAUUGAUACGUCUGUGGGGAAAAAAAGACGCAUUUCUGAGGCGUUGUCCAAUAUAUUUUCUAUCGGGCGCAACUAUUGCUUUCCAUAAAUCGUAUCAGUUAAAGAAAACAUGCCUUCGCUUGACUGAGUUGCUGUCCUGGUCAUUUCGUACAGUGGGUUGAUAAUGCUAACCUUGUAAAAAUGAGGAACAUAAUCAUCAUCUAGUAAAAGGGUGGAAAGUUAUUUCAAAACCAUGGGGUGUGGUUGCCAAAUCUUCACGAGCCAGGGCCUCAUGUAUUAGGCGAUUGAAAGUGUUAUUUAGUUUUCUCCAACGUCUUGGCAAACUAGUUUGUAUUUGUGAUAAAAAUGAAAAACAGUGUUAAAACCCUAUACGCUGGUGUUUUUGUUUGGCUAGUAGAACUUUCCUCUCGUGCCCAACACACAAACCUCUUGAGCCUUGUUUGACAUUUAUUGACGAGGUAGAGAAUGUCAAGGUCUGAUGUCCACAAAUAUCUCCACACGUUGCGAAAACUACUUAUAAUAUACAAAGUAGACGACAUAAAACUGCUUCUUCAAUAUUACGUGGUGAUAAGGUUUAAGAGUGAUAUUCCAGGUUACCGGUUCUUAUACUGUCAUUAGUUGCUACACAAUGUGGAAAGGAUGUCCCUAAUAUUGAUUGAAUCCCAUGCAAGUCUACCUCCUCCACCUACUAACCUCACAACGUGCAAGGAAUUUAAUAUGGAAAGUCGCGAGUUUGAAAUGAUGCUUGAGAGGAAUAAAUAGUGUUCUUCAAAAGAAUGUGGCGAUAACAAAGACAGUACAAGUAAAGCUUUUUGUAAGGUAUCAGUGUGGGCGUGGAAUUUUCCUAUCGUCGUAACCUUUUUAACAUGUGCAAUCCAUUUUCAUUUGUGAGAAGAUCGAUAUACUCUGAUCUUUGAGCUAGAAAUGUGAUUUUUUUUGUAUUUUAACUACUACCAAACAGCUCUACGAGAAACCUACAACCUUGAUGACUGCAGUAAACUGUCUGCAUCAAAUGAAGCAAGGGACGCAAGGCUCUCAUUAGCAAAAAAAAUUUUUCUCCUGCAAUUAAGUUAAUGUUCAAUAAUUUAAUGUCAAUAUUUUAUUCAAGGGACUGUCUUAAUUGGAGAUACCUGUGACGGUAUCCCUUACCUCUCAUCUGCCUGUAAUUUGUUUAUAUUUUUCAUUUUUUUAAACUAUGAUUUGAUGUGAGGUAAAUGGUAAAUAAAAUGAAAUAAAAUAAAAACAGAAAUCCAAGCUCUAGAUUCUAUAUAUGACAUGGCUCGCAUAAUCUAUGUUUCGUUUUUUCGAAUGAUAAAUUACAGACAUUUUUUGAAUGCUGAUAUAUAUAGUGCUAUGCUAUAGACUAGUUAAAUGAAUUUUAAAAUAAUUCAUUAUUUGUGCACUGCAUGGAUUCAUGCAAACCUGUGGAUUCCAGUGUACAAUUAGGGUAUUGUGUUAUCGAUAUGCAAAGGUUGGGGUUUGACAGGAGGCAAAUACAUAAUGAACCAGAAUUAUCGAUCAAAUGAAAAUAAACACUAAAAUAAAUAAAAGAACUAAAUAAA